AUGCUGAUUCAAAGAGUGGUGAGGCCAUUGACAAGUAUAUCGGUCAAGGGAAGAUGGUACAGUACGAUAUCCACACAGAGCACAGUUUCUAAUGGUUCAAAUCCAAUUCUAAAUGAAAUUUUACCACCAAUACAUGAAAAUAGUACACCUAUAAAACAUGAACAAAUUUCAAAUCCAAUAUCAAUAACUGAUAAAAUUUCAAAUUUAAACAAGGCAAAAGAAUUAUUUCAAGAUAUAGAUGGUGUUUUCAGUAAGAUUGAUUUAUUACAAAAUUUGAACUCAUCCAAACCUAUAAGAAUUGGUCUUGUUAAUCCUAAAAAAAGUUUCCUUAAUACAAUUUUAUCAGAUCCUUUUGCAUCAGAUCAAUCAUGGUAUAAUCAAUUUCAAGAAAGAUCUGAUUCUCAAUUGAUCAAAUAUAAUGAUGAAUUUCAAAAUUUAGAAUCACAAUUAGAAAUCCCAUCACCUUUUUUACAAAAUAAAAAUUUAGAAUUUUUAGAAAUUUUAAACUUAGAACACCAUAAUUUUAAUGAUGGAUGUCAUUUAUAUUUAAAUUUUAAUCCUGGUUUAAUUAAUAAUUAUAAAUAUCCAACAUGGGAAAUUAAAGAUUCCACAACAGAUUUAUUAUAUCCAAAUGAAUUAAAUUCAAAUAAAGCUCUGGAAGCUACAAAUUUAUUAACUAAAUCUUCAUUAAAUGCAUCAGAAUAUACAAAAUUGUAUAAUGAAAGUCAAUUCCCAGAAUUCCUUAAAACAUUGGAUAAAUUAAUUGAACCUAAACAAAUUGAAAAAACAUUAUAUCAAUCAAUCUUGAAAAAUUUCCAAAUUCAAUUAAAUCAAAAAUCAUUAACUUUUAAAGAAUUAUCUGAAAAAGAUAUCAAGAUUCAAACACUAAUUAAAAAUUGGGAUGAAUCAACACAUCGUGAGUUCCAAUUAAAUUUUAAACCAUAUAUAACAAAUUUUGAAAAAAAAAACCUAGAUUGGUGGAAAUUAUAUUAUAAAAAUGAUGAUAUUGAAACCAUUUUAACAAAUAUGUUGAAUCAAAAUUUCUUACCAAAUUCAAUUCAACAAAUUUCUUAUAUCCAGGGACAAAUUGAUUCAUUUAAUUCACAAACAACAAGUGAUCUUAAUGACAAUCCAUUGAUUUCAAUUAAACAAGAUAUUAUAAAUAAUGAAUUAAUCCCGAUACAAAAUCAAGUUACAAGAUUAUUAGGAUUCAAUUUCAUUGGAUUACAAUUACCCGUGGGGUUAGUUGCAAUUUCUGGAUGGUUUUGGUUUGGAUUUGAACCAUAUUCAAUGAUUUCCCUUGGAUCAUUAGGAUUAGUUCUUGGUUUUAAUAAUAUUUCUAAAAAAUGGUUGAACAUAAUAACAAAUUUUAAAUCUCAAUUAUUUGAAAAAAUUAGAAUUGCAAUAGGUGAAACAAAUUUAAAAUUAUAUAAAAAUUGGGAAUUAAAAUAUAAUUUUGAAAAGGGUAAAAUUGAAGAACGAAUUAAAUUAUUAAAAACAUUACAAGAAUAA